UGGUGAUUUAAUCGAUCACGUGCCAGAAUCUGAACCAUAUGAUAAGAUAAAAGCAGCAGUUAUUCAACGCACCAUGGUCUCAGAUGAGAAAAGGCUACAACAAUUGUUAACAUCUUGUGACUUGGGUGAUAAAAGACUCUCGCAAAUUCUCCGCCACAUGAAACAACUCGCUGGCCCAUACAAGCUAGACGAAGCCCUCCUAAAGCAAAUGUGGCUUCAAAGAUUACCACACAGCGUUAGACAAAUUCUCAGUGUUUCAGGGAAAUCCGUCGCACUUGAUGACCUAGCCGACAUGGCAGAUAAAAUGAUGGAAGUAUACCACGACAAUCACUGUGUGAACUCAUUGCAACCACCUGGACCAACAGAUAGUAGCUGUUUAGCCUCCUUUCAAAAGCAGUUAACACAAUUAACGAGCCAGCUGGCGUCACUGCAAUCGACCAUAGCAACCAUUCAAGCUAGACAAUCGAGAUCCCUCUCCAGACGAAGAUCUUUUUCUAGACAACGGUCUCGGUCACCGAAGCGAACAUCUGGUGUUUGUUGGUACCACCAAAAAUACGGCACCAAAGCACGGCGUUGUACACGACCGUGCACAUUUUCUGCGUCUGACACAGAGAAUCAGGGAAACGGCCUGGCCAGACAGUAAUGGCGGCAGCUGUUACUGGCCAACAUGUUAGCCGCCUCUUCCACAUCAGGGAUCGUAUUUCUGGCUCAGACUUCUUAGUCGAUACUGGAGCAGGAAUCAGCAUCAUCCCACUUCACCUCUCACGCAGACAACAUACGACAAGCACUAAAUUGUCCUUAGUAGCGGCUAACGAAUCAGUUAUCAAAACUUACGGAGAGCAAUCUCUUAUAUUAGAUCUCGGGCUCCGCAGAAGAUUCACAUGGGUAUUCAUAGUUGCUCAAGUCAAACGACCCAUUCUCGGAGCUGAUUUCCUCAGUGCCUACAAUUUGUUAGUAGAUAUGACCAAGAAGAGAUUAAUCGACGCAAAUACACGUUUACAGGUAGAAGGUACACCUUCCAACGACUGUGAAAUCCAUGGUGUACGGAUAAUGAAGCCUGCGAACAACGUUUUCAACGACAUACUGACAGAAUACGAAUGCAUCACGAAAAUAGACUACCAAAAAGAAUGCGAUCCACACCAUGUGCAACACCAUAUCACUACCACUGGACCACCUAUUAGCGCCAGGGCGAGGAGACUACCACCAAGCAAGUUGCAAGUAGCUAAAAGAGAAUUCGAACAUAUGAUGCAACUUGGUAUUAUCAGACCAUCCAACAGCCCUUGAGCCUCGCCGUUACACAUGGUACCAAAGAAGGACCAAGAUUGGCGUCCGUGUGGUGACUAUCGACGAUUAAACAAUCAAACCAUUCCUGACAAGUACCCGAUUCCGCAUAUACACGACUUUUCAUUAAACCUACACGGUAAAUGCAUUUUUUCGAAGCUCGACCUAGUGCGAGCAUAUCACCAAAUUCCAAUGGCACCGGAAGACAUUGAGAAAACAGCCAUAAUAACACCUUUUGGUUUGUUUGAGUUUCUAAGGAUGCCAUUCGGGUUAAAAAACGCUGCGCAGACAUUCCAACGCUUCAUGGAUAACGUAACAAGAGGCCUUGAUUUCGUGUUUGCCUACACCGACGAUGUUCUGAUUGCAAGCUCAUCUUUAGAAGAGCAUAUCCAACAUGUCCAGAUCCUUUUUGAUCGUUUUAAAAAACAUGGCGUCGUCAUCAAUCCUUCGAAAUGCAUAUUCGCAGUCCCAGCCUUAGAGUUUUUGGGACAUUACAUCGACUCACAAGGGAUCAAACCACUUCAGACGAAAGUUGAAGAUAUUACUAACUACCCCGAACCAACCUCGGUGAAGUCAUUACGACGUUUCCUCGGUAUGUGUAAUUUUUAUCGCCGCUUCUUACCACGUUGUGCUGAAGUAUUACAGCCAUUAACCGAUCUGUUGAAAGCCGACAAAAAAGGUACGAAGAAAGAGAAGAGUCAGACAUUCAACCUACCCCCUGACGCCAAAACAGCAUUCGAGAAAGCAAAGUUGAUGAUAUCUAAUGCUACCAUGCUACAGCACCUAAACACCGAUCCCACAACAAACCUCAUCCUCUGCACUGACGCCUCCCAAAAGCAGUAGGAGCAGUAUUACAGCAAUGCGUUAACGACAAGAUUACUCCUAUAGUGUUCUUUUCCAAACGAUUAUCAUCAACUCAAGAGCGUUAUAGCACCUUCGGACGCAAACUUCUGGCUAUGUACUUAGCUGUAAAACACUUCAACUUCCUCCUUCAGGGACGCGAUUUCACCAUUAUGACUGAUCAUAAACCACUUUGCUAUUCUUUCAAUACGACCUACAACAAACAUUCUCCACGGGAAGCGAGACAACUGGAUUACAUUUCUCAAUUCACUACGGACAUCCAGUUCAUCAAAGGCUCCUCCAACAUUGUUGCUGACGCUCUAUCUAGAAACGAUAUCAACAUGAUGGUACACAACCACAACAUCAGUCUUGAAGCUUUGGCUAAAUUACAAGCAGACGAUGCAGAAUUAAAAGUCUGCAAAGAAAAGUCUAGCUUAGACCUCAAACCUGUACCUAUUCCCCUUUCAGACGCAUUCAUCAUGUGCGACACUUCAACAGGCAACAAUCGUCCGUUUGUCCCACAUGCUUGCCGACGAUAAAUAUUUCAGCAUUUGCAUGGUCUUUCACAUCCAGGCAUCAGAGCAACAACAAAGCUCAUUACCGAACGUUUUGUGUGGCCUAAAAUCAACUCGGAUGUUAAACGUUGGACACGUAACUGUCUCCAGUGCCAACGCAGUAAGAUACAAAAACACACCUACAGUCCAAUUGGGAAGUUCCCUGUCCCUGACAAACGUUUCCAACACGUGCAUUUAGAUAUAGUUGGGCCACUGCCUCCGUCAAACUCCUUCACCCACAUUCUCACUGCGGUGGACAGGUUCACAAGAUGGGCCAUAGCCUGCCCUAUAAAAGACACUUCGGCAGAAACGGUCGCUUCAGUCUUCCUCGACCGCUGGAUAUCCAACUAUGGAGUACCAUCAAUAAUCACAACAGAUCGUGGUCCCCAAUUUCAAUCUGUCCUUUUUCAGGAGUUCACUAAACUUUUAGGGGUCAACCACAUUAAAACCACAGCUUACCACCCAGCAGCUAAUGGCAUGGUUGAAAGAUUUCACCGCCAAUUGAAAAGCUCGCUGAUGGCACAAAAUGAUACGACAAAAUGGAGUGACGCAUUACCACUUGUACUCCUGGGUAUCCGUUCGACUAUAAAGGAAGAUAUAGGUUGUACAGCCGCUGAGCUAGUUUAUGGUACAACCCUUACAUUACCAGGCCAAGUAGUGGACCCAAACACUUUAACACCAACGGACCCAAGUCGUUUUGCUAGCCAACUGCUGCAGACCAUGCAAAAGAUCAAAGCCAUACCGCCUCGUGAACAUAACAAUCGAAUACAACUCGACCGAAAUCUAGAAACAUGCGAGUUUGUGUUUGUUCGAGUUGAUGCUGUUAAAAAACCAUUGAAACAACCAUACGAAGGUCCAUAUAAAGUAAUUAAACGCACACCAAAAUACUUCAUCAUCAGCAGAGAUGGCAACAAGCAGACUAUUUCUAUAGACAGAAUCAAACCUGCUUUCUAUGAAGCUACUCAAGUCAAAGAAGACAAAGCUGUUGACAAUCAACCCCUCUCACCAGUGACUGAAAAACCAGUGGAGGAUAAAAAACUGAAUACUAAGCCUUCUUGUUUAACACGCUCCGGCAGACCCAUAAACAAACCCAAGCGUUAUGUCCAUUUCGUCGAUUAAAAAAA